UAGGGCCCGGUUCUUUUGAGUUUCGGCGCCUAAACCCAAGUCUACAUCUUUCCAACAUGCCACCACGUAACAAGCGAAGAGGUGCUCGUUCCACCCUCGCACCUACUCAGCGUCCCCAAGACCAGUAUCACCAUAUCAUCCCACGAUUCAUAUUAAGGCGUUUUCAUGUUGGCCCUCGCAACGACGAAAAGAUUACCAUCCGUUCUGGCGUAGAUCCUGGUCAGGUCCUUUAUUACGAUCUGGCUUCCGGGAUCCUCGACGUACGCUCAAUCGGGACAGUUUACGGGCAGAAAAACUUCUAUCGAGAUGCUAGUAACCCUAGCAACGUGAACGAGGUGGAAGAGAAGCUUUCCCUACUGGAAGGAAAGGCUGCGUUGACUAUUGAGAUUCUUCAUUCCGAGCUCGCGCGGGGGAAAGUCACUAUCAAGCGCAGACACCUCGAUAUCUUGAGGAAAUUCAUGUUCGUGAUGCACUACCGCAAGAUGGGUAGUACGUACUUUGAUCCCAAUCUUCAGCCUAGCCUGAGGCAAUGGUUGAUCCGGUAUCAAACCGAGCAUCAGUGCCAGACACACGUCGACGUAUGGUUACGCAUUAUGCGCUACUAUCUAGAUACCCCCCACUCCCAGAUCGUGGACGACGCCCAUGCAGAAUACAAGAAGUAUGGCUAUGCCGAAGCUUUUGAACAGGUUGCAACUGGCGUUGACCCCAUUAUGGAGCAUCCAGAAUCUAUUGCGUAUCAGGUCCAAGCUGAAAGGUACUUUCUAGGCAUAUGGGAGGCUGAAGCGACAUCAGAAUUUAUUAUGACUACCAGCGCAUUCGGAUUGUGGGAGGGGCUGACACCGGAACUGGAUACCAUCCAUCGCAUUUUUGUCAUCAGUCCGCAUGUUGCUCUCGUGUUGCGCAGUAAUGUGCUUCCCCUGCCCGGCGAGCCCCAGGCCCCGAUGCAGAGUGUUCUGCUAUCAAUUCCGCAAGAAAAACCUAAAUCUCGACUCGUGAACGGAGAAACUGCCAUCAGGCUCUCCGACAUGAACGACAUGUCAGAAUUUAACCGUCAUAGAUCCCCCAAUGAUGAUUUUACCUUCACUAUCACGAAACUCACCUUGGAUCAAACUGAUGCUUUCAACACUAUCAUCCUGCAGAACGCGAGGUCUGACGGAGCCGUCACAUUCUUGGGGAGAGAGCGCAUGUUGCGUACGCUUCGUGUGUUCUGGAAUAGUCCAUUAUACAAGUUUCUUCGCCACAAAUAUGCUUCGCUCAUGCGUUAUCUAUCCAUCAUACCACAGCCACUCUCCCAUGCAUCCAUAUCCUCAUCGUUCGAACCUGUGGACGCAGAACUUUAUGUUGCGCUCAUGGGAAUUGUUCUGAACCGGACUAAAUUUGCUUCUGGGUAUGAUCGAGCCCUGUCUAUUUACCGACUCUUACAGACAACAUCUCGUCGUCGGACAUGCCCUUUCGUGACACAGCACAUAUAUAAUCUCUCACUCAUCAUGGAAAGCUGCGUAAAUCACUUCCCCGGGCCCUCAUUCAGGAAGCCACAGUCUUCAUUACGGCUUAAAAUGUCGCUACCGUCAGAACUGUCGCUGAGGAUAUUUACCACCUUGGAAAAUUUUGUUUCCAUAACAUUGGGUGCGAAGAUGGAUUUCGAUGAAGAUGUUCUUGGGAAGCUGGGAAAAGAGGUAGCUCUACUUGGUUUCCUUGAUUGGCUCGAUGUUGAAAUGCCCAUGGUUUUGAUAAAUGGUAUGUCGGUGAUGGAUAUUUUAACUGUGAUGGAUGCCUUCUACUUUGUUUAAUAAACCUUUUUGUAUACAUGCAUACAGGACAUCUUAUUGAGGACGUAAAGUCUGAAAGCUUGCGGGUCGGAGGCAACCUUUACCAUUCAGCUUAUCAGCGAUACCGUCAUGAUCUCCUAAUCUGCGUGUAAGGUCAUACCGAAUGUGAGCAGAAGAAAACAUUACCUUCUGUGAUCACUGAAGAUUUUGGAAGGAUCAAGAGUCUCAUGAAAUGCCACGUCUAUCAAGUUUCCACUUGAGCCUCAGAGGAAGGUGGCUACUUUGCCGGUUCUGGUGCCACAUGUGUAUUACACCAACAUUACCAUCUUACGCAAGUCAUACACGGAGGCAGCUGCAAUAAUGUUAACGUAUUAUGAAG